AUCGGCCUCUGCUCCAAAAAGGAUCACUCGUCGAACAUUAUUGCCAGAGACAGCUCGUCUAAGCGAAGGCCACGAGAAUAUCCACGGCACUAGCUGCCGAUUCUGAAGUUGAAGUGGAAAAACAGUGCUCAACGAUGGUGUUCAAACAUUUGGCGAGCUUCAAUAGAAGGCAAAUUCUGACGCUCAUCACUUUCGGUAUAGCUGAUUUUUGCAACGCGAUAUGCGUCUCCCUUCAAGCACCGUUUUAUCCAAGAGAGGCUGAAAAGAAAGGUGCGACAGCGACGGAAUACGGCCUGGUUUUUGGCAUUUUCGAACUCACCGUCUUUCUCAUCAGCCCAUUAUACGGACAGCAUUUAAACAGGAUCGGGCCUAAGGUACUAUUCAACGCCGGCAUUUUCACAACUGGCAUCUGCGCCAUUUUGUUUGGUUUCUUAGAUAAGAUCGAUGGCCAUGUCCCUUUCAUAACUUUAUCUCUGGUGAUUAGAACAGUAGAAGCGAUGGGAAAUGCGGCCUUUUUGACGGCCAGCUUUGCUAUAAUAGCAAAAGAAUUUCCAAACAAUGUAGCAACAACAUUCGCCUCCCUUGAAACAUUUUUCGGCCUGGGAUUAAUCGUCGGACCGACAGUUGGAGGCGCCUUAUACGAGGUUGGGGGAUACACUACACCUUUUGUGAUCCUUGGGUCUAUGCUCUUUCUCUCGGCUGUUAUGACAGCGUUCGUUCUUCCAGAUCACGCGGACCACGAACACACGGUUAAACAGAACGCGAGUUUGACCCAAGUUUUAAGAAUACCCGGUGUUCUUCUCGCCGCUGGAAGCAUAGUUGUAACAUCGAUGAGCAUAGGUUUCAUAUCCGCCACACUCGAACCACACUUGCGGCAGUUCAGUUUAUCAGCGAUGGUCCUUGGAUUGAUGUUUGUUAUCAACGGUGGAACUUAUGCAGUUACAGCACCUUUCUGGGGCUGGCUUUGCGAUAAGAAAAUAGAACCAAAAACAGCUUCACUUAUGGGAUGUAUUCUCAUUAUGGUCGGUUUCCUCUUAAUUGGACCUGCACCUUUUAUUUCCAACCAAACAAAUUUCACAUUAACCAUUAUCGGCCUUGUAGCACACGGGCUUGGAAUUGCUGCCCUUUUGGUGUCCUCGUUCACGGAUGCGCUACGAACAUCAAUUGCGCACGGGUUUGAAAACAACCUUGAGACCUACGGGUUGAUAUCUGGCUUAUGGACAUCUACUUUUGCACUCGGGGCUUUCAUUGGGCCAAGUAUUGCUGGCAUCUUCUACGACAGUUGGGGCUUUCCGCAUGCGAGUAUGUCCAUCGUCGGUCUAGCGACAAUCAAUGCAAUCGUCGUUGUUGUGUUCAUAAUAAUGUUUAGACCAAGGAAAAUGUACAAAGAGAUUGGAAACAGCGCGGAUAACAUCCUCGUUGCGAGUAAAAAUGGAGGGCUCCCUGACAUAGGAAAUCAAAAAGGACUCACGAAACCCAUCUUAGCGUCGACCACAUCCAUCCCUUGCGAAAGGCCUCCUGGAAUGUCCGGAAUCAUCGCCUGCAACAGCUACAAGAACAGGCACGGCAUCUGGCACAGAAAGGACUCGAAUGCAUUGGUCGACUGUAAGAAAUACAGCGCCAGCUUUACAAUUUUAGACCCGAGGAGAAAUCGGUAUGAGACAAUCCCUUAAGGCCCGUCGAAAAAACUAAAUUUGUAAAUAAUGUCAAAUUUUCGAUAUGUUUUAACAUAAUUAUUUCAAUGUUGUCUGUUUGCCUCCAUGGAGUAUUUUAUAUUUAUUUUAGUUGUUUCUAUUUAAGAGUUUUAAUGCUACAAAUGUGUAUUUGUGGAUUUUAUUUCUACUAAAUUAGUAUUUACAAAAUUCAUUAAAGAUGUUAAAAAAAAUUAUUUUAUUACAGAAUGUUCAUAUAAUUGUACAAUUCUCAUUGCUGUUAAUUUAUAUUUCCAUUUACAUACAUUCUUACAGUUCUAGUCAUUAAAACGAUAAAGAAUUCAAGUUGGAAUAUUUUACUUAAAAUGAAUAUUUUGUACAUAUUUUCAUGGUCAUUUUUACACAAUGACUUAUUACAAAAAAUGUUAAAAAUUAUAGUUUUAUUGUAUGGUAGUGUUAAAACAGGGAAUCGUCCUUAACCGGAUCCUUUUUGCGAGUUACACUGCUAUAUAACCACCUAAUUUACUUUUCUCAUCCUUUGCCAAACCUAUUAUCUUAACCAACUAAAAGAUCAAAAUAUUAGACACUAAGUAAUUAAAAAAAUUACAAACAAGGCAAUUUGUUAUACCAAUGUUUUAUCAGGUAAAAAACAACAUCCAUAAAAGACUUAGAGAAAAUUUAAACAAUCUUCAAAUAAAUGGAAACAAAUGGCCAGUUUGGGAUUUUGAAUUUUUCACAAUAGUAUCAUUUGUUGGUCGUUCAUUACAUACCAAAGUGAAAAAACAAAACAAGGAAACAUUUCAAAAAUUAAAAUAAAA